AGCAAUUUCUCUCAACCCUCUGAUGUUCGACAUGUAUACUCCGUUUCUGAUUCUGUGCUACAUGCAUAUUUUGAAAGUUGUAGGGUCCAUCAUGUCGGAGGACUCAACAGUGAUCCAGUAUCCCCCUGUUGUUGAGGAGGUAGUUGGCGGCAACAUCACCAUGAACUGCAUUCUGGAAGGGUUGACUUCUUACUGUUAUACUGUCGCCUGGAUAAGACUGCCCAAACAACCCGGGGCGCUGCGAGUCCUCAAGAACACCAUUAUCAACACCAGAUCUGAGUAUGAAAUCUUCAAGCAUAUGUGUCCAGUGUCCAUCUACAACGUAGCUGUCACCGACUCUGGGAUUUACUACUGUGCUGUCAUAUAUGGCCAGCAGAUCUACUUAGGCAACGGCACCACAGUGAUUGUUAAAGAUGGAACCAAAGCUCCUCCAACCAUUGAAAUCCUGAAACCGCUGAACAGCUACCAUUCCUCUGUCUCUCUCCUGUGUUUGGUGUCAGGAGUGGUCCCGUCUCAAGUCCAUGUGUUCUGGCUCAUAGACGGGAGAGAGGACAGUGGACUUACUGAGUCCACCUGGACAGACAACAGUGAUUCAGCCACAGAGUUCACUAGGAACCAGAUUCUGGUCAAAGCAGAGGAGUGGGACAGAGGAGCAGAAUGCAUGUGUGUGGUAGAGUUCGAAGGGCAGUACAUCAACAAAACCGUGCAACACAAUGAUUUCUCCACAAUGUGUUACACCAUAGUGAGUCUCUACAGGGUUCUGGGAAUUGUGUCCGCUCUUCUUCUUCUCCUUACACUGACUGCACGGGUACAGAUAUCCUGCAAGAGCAACAAUUCAGGCAAGCGUAAGAAAAGCAACAGAAACCCCCCAAACUAAAGAAAAGGAGGGCUUUGGGAUUCUGUCUUCAUUGCGAAAACUGCAGGAAACCAACAUUCAGAAUUUGAGGGCUUUGAGUGAACCAGAGUGCUUCAUACCAACUAGGAAGACGUUAAGUAUGUAGUACGUUUUCACUGGGUGUCGAAAGGCUAUAGAAUUUUUACGUGACUUUUUAUAAAGAAAAUCCUUUUCACUUUGCUUUUGAUUUCAUUACAUGAAAAUUGUCAGAUAAGCAAUAUUCAUAAAAAAAUCAAAUGUGUUGGAAUAGCCCAAUUCUUCCAUAAAGGGAUAUCCUGAAAGUACUGUAGUGAUGAAAUGUUUUUUUUCCCUCAUCUUGUGUCACCAUCUCAAAACAUCCAGUAGAUAUCAGUGUUUACUCAAAAUCUACAACCUACCCUUCCUGUCACUUGUGCGUCCAUUGUAGUGACACUGAUUGAAUGAAGAAUAGCGCCGAAGGAGAUGGCUGCCAUUUUAUAAUCCCAUAACCAAUUGUGCUAUUGUGUAUGCUUUUUUGAGCUAUUUGUAACUUUUUAAAAAGUAAGCAUUUCCCUGUCAGGUAUUCGGCACAUGUGACAAAUUAAAUUUGAUUUGAGAUAGGCUGGAGCUUUUUUAAACUAUUUUAAAACAUUAUGUAGAAAACUCCAUUAACCAAGUUGUCUGCAUCAACAUUUAAACAAACUAGCCAUCAUUCUUUUUACUAAGUUUUUAUUUCUGUGAUGGGUCUACAUUGCCCCAUGCUGUAUCAUAGUGUAAAAGUGUUUAAUUGUGUUUUUUAAUUUUUUACAGUUGACUAAAAUCAGUGUAACUUUUUAUUCAACAAAAAUGACUACUGUACUUUGUAUUGAGAGUAUUAACAUGUCAUUACCUACAUGGGAAUACUUUUGUUCAGUCUUGCCAUUACUUACUUGAUU